GCAGCACAGUGGACAGGAAAUUCUCUGGCAACUUUCUUUGGUUAAGCUAAAUAACUCAAAAAUGCCGGAAAAAGUGAAUUACUACAUGUGCUUACAUCAAGAAGGAAUUGCCAGCAUUCCACGACUUAUAGAUAAGGCCUAUUCCAAUAAUUACAAUGUUGUGGCAACAUCUAUCAAUGCAAACAUGCUGCCCAUGGAUCCCUUUGAGACAGAUCCCACUUAUCCGGCAACUGUUUUGGGCGCCGUUGAAUGGAACUCUAAGGUAAUCUUUGUUUUAUCCGAUGUUGAUGUGGAUUCGCCGAAUGCCAAGCUGAGAGAGUAUUCCAAGACGUUGCUGCUAAGGGAUGUCACCUGGGCAGAGCAUUUGCAGAAUGUGGGAAGCGUAAUGGUGAAGCUAAGAGGACCAAACAACAAUCAGCUGGCCGAGAUUAUGAAGACCAAGUCAAAAGGUCAUUGGUUUGUUCAAGUUCCUAUCACAAAUCCUGAGCUGGCCACCUUUGAGCAUCGCAAAGAUGCCACCGAGGAGGAAGUGAUGCGGGCAGAAGAAGAUGAUACCUGGCAUUGGUGGAAUAAUCUACGCUUUGCUGUCGAUCACUAUCCAAAAGUUAAGGUCGUGAUUGUCCUUAACGAUUCCGAUCGUCCGAAUUCCGAGACAGUUCGCCGUUGGUUAGGCGAACCCAUUGAAGCCAUUGUUAUACCCUCCUCCCUAUUUGUUAGAAAUCGCACCAAUUACUGUGUACUGCAUCGGGAAUGGCAAGAGAUUAUUGGUCACUUUAUUUCUGUAAGAGCUAAUAUCAUAAUCUCAGCAAAUCCCAGUGACAACGCAUUAUCCCAAUAUUCUGACUAUAUGAAGAAGCUAAUCAAUGAUCAUUGCGAUACUCACGAGCUUAACAGUUAUGAGAACAUGCUGGAGAUUCCCUUACAACCGCUGUCCGAAAAUCUGGACUCGUAUACCUAUGAGGUAUUUGAGGCUGAUCCCGUCAAGUAUAAACUAUAUCAAGAUGCCGUGCAGCAGGCUCUUCUAGAUCGUGUGGCUGACACUGAUGCGGCCAAAGGCAAAGUUACUGUUGUAAUGCUAUUGGGUGGCGGUCGUGGUCCUUUGGCCCGUGCUAUAUUUAAUGCAGCUGAAUUAAGCGAGCGUAAGGUUCGUCUCUAUAUCAUUGAAAAGAAUUCCAGUGCUAUACGUACGCUCUCCAAUAUGGUCAAAACACUGUGGCCCAAUAAAGAUGUUCAUAUAUUCUCCAAAGACAUGCGUGACUUUUCACCACCGGAAUUGGCUGAUAUUUUGGUAUCUGAGCUCCUUGGAUCUUUCGGCGAUAAUGAACUCUCACCGGAAUGUUUGGAUGGCGCCCUAAAGCUACUUAAACCCGAUGGCCUUAGCAUACCAUAUAAAUCUACUUCCUAUAUUAAUCCGAUAAUGUCGGCCAUAUUGCAUCAGAAUGUUUGCCAACAGGUGCCCUCCGUGUCGGCAUUUAAUUAUGGCUAUGUAUCGCUAUUGAAGAAUAUUUAUCACAUUGACGAGCCUCAGGCUCUAUUUGAAUUCUGUCAUCCAAAUCGUGAAGAGAUUGUCGAUAAUACCAGAAAUGCCAAACUUGAGUUUAAAGCUAUAAAAGAUUGCGUUGUGCAUGGAGUUGGUGGUUACUUUGAUACACAUUUGUACAAGGACAUAACAUUGAGUAUUAAUCCUUUGACUCAUACACCGGGAAUGUUUUCUUGGUUUCCCAUGUUUUUUCCCACGCAACCCAAAACAGUGAAAAAGGAUGAUGUUAUAACUAUAGAAUUUUGGCGCUGUGUGGAUAAGCAACAAGUGUGGUACGAAUGGAAAGUAAAUGACUGGGAGCAUCAUAAUGUCAAGGGAAUUGGCUAUAAUAUGAAACUAUAACUAUAUACUAAAAGGUCUUGAUAGAUGUGACAAAUAAAAUUCAAAUCUAUUUGAAAUGUCUGCGACGAUUUA